AUGACAAGCAAGAUGAAGAACUUCAGCAUGAACAAGGUGCUGAGCAGCAUCAAGAAGAAGCCGACAUUCUCAAAUGCUGGAAGUGGAAGUGGAAGCGGGAGUGGAAACGGGAAUGUUGACGACGCGACACCCGAUCCGACCGGUGAUGGCCCCGAGGCGACGGCAGCCCGUUGUGUGAAACAAUUCUGCUUGUCUGAUAGCGGUAAUUCGGGUGACGAAGUCGCUUUCCUACCAUCGAUCGUCGAAGCGGCCGAGUCAUCGCCGGCCGCCGCCGCGGAAUGCGCCCGCCUGGUUCGGAAAUACCUACAUCGCGACUACUGGACUAAACCCUCAUUGCAAUACAACGCCAUCAUGCUGAUACGAAUCCUCGCCGACAACCCCGGUGCGACCUUCACGAGAAACAUGGAUAAGAAGUUUGUCGAUACCACCAAGGAGCUGCUCAGGUCAGGGAAGGACGGCAAUGUUCGACAGAUGCUCAUGGAGACGCUGGACGCCUUCGAAAGCACAAAGGGUUACGACGAGAACCUGCAAUUGUUGAUCGAGAUGUGGAAGAAGGAGAAGGAAAAGGCAUACAGGGUCUACGGCCAUCGCUUCUCAUCACCCCCACCCCAGCAGUACAGUCCUUACCUCUCCCACCAGCAGUCGGUAGCAAACCAGCAAGAAUACUUCCAACGCACCCCCCACACCGCGCGCCUCCCCGACCCUGUCGAGCUCGCCAACCGGCUCGAAGAAGCCCGCACCUCCGCCAAGCUUCUCGAGCAAGUAGUCGCCUGCACGCCCCCGCAAGAGAUCCUCUCCAACGAGCUGAUCAAGGAGUUCUCGGACCGGUGCACGAGCGCGUCGCGCAACAUCCAAGGAUACAUGUCGGCGACGGACCCGGCUCCUGAUAACGACACGAUGGAGAGCCUGAUCGACACCAAUGAGCAGCUGCAGCAGUCGCUCAACCACCACCAGCGUGCGGUGCUCAACGCCAAGAAGCAGCUAGGCGUGGGGAGCCCCGGCUCUGAGAGCGUGAGCAGGCCGGGCUCGGUGGCGCCGGGAGUGAACGAGCAGAGCCGGCCUCCUCAGGCUGCGACGUCGAGUAAUAGUAGGAACGAAGGCGUCCAGGAUUGGUUGGCAAGUAGUUCAGCUGCGGUUGCAGGCGGAAGCGGAAGUGGCCAGGGCGCCAGCAGCAGUAGCAGAGGGAAAGGCAAGGCGGCAGCUACCUCCAUCGAUAACGACUGGAUGGGCGACUACAAGUACGAGCCGAUCUCUUCCGGUCCUGUAGCUGGCGGAUCUUCCUCCGCUGCUGCCGCAGGGCCUUCGAGAUCCCACACGGGAACGCCGCAUCGCGACGAAGAGGACCCAUUCAGGGAUCCGGUCCAGCCUGAUUCCUCGGCUUCUUCGAUGCGGCGGGUACAACCCUCGACGACAUUGAACACGACGAACGCGGGAAACAACGAGGAGAGAUUGUCGUUUGAGCCAUACCACCCUGGAUUUGGCGGUAACAGCGCGAGCGCCGGGAGAAGCAACAAUGACAACAACUACAGCUACAACUCAUCGUCGGCGUAUGAUUACAGAGGAAGUGGCGGGGGUUCAGCGGCUGGCGCUGGUGCUGGGAAUACGAGCAGUUCGGUACCAGAACCUGUCACGCCAGUUAGUGACGAUGGGCUGUACGGUAGUGGAGAUGUGCAUCGCUCAACCGGGGUCCAGAGGUGA